CAGCAUUCGAUAUUCAAAACAGUGAAAUUCGACUCGCAUGCUUCUGAGUUUGAUUCAACAUGUGGCUGUUUCGACGUCGCUCGAGGGAGGUUCGCGAGCAAGGGCCGGCCAUCGUGGCGACGGCUGACGGAGCCACACCCACGGUGCAAUUCAUGUCGCACAUGUACAACACUAUGCCGAGGAAACGGAGCGUCUUUACCUGGCUAUGGACGAAGACCGGGCAUAGAGACCGGAUGAAGAUACCCGACCCGGGUGGUGAGAUGCAGGUCAUGCUCCCCAACCAGGGCUUGGACCAGAUCAACUCCGGGGAGUUCUGCCUCCUGGCUGAGAGUCCAUAUCGGAUACUACGGGCGGCGGAGAGCGGGAAUGUGGAGGAUUUUAUGCGGCUGUACUUCAGCGAACCAUCACGUCUGUCGGUCCGCGACGCACGGGGCCGCACCGCGGUGCACCAGGCUGCGGCUCGGAACAACACGAACAUACUUCACUUCAUCAACAACUGCUCUGGUGAUCUAAACUGCCGUGACAAAGCUGGUAACACGCCUCUGCAUGUUGCUGUAGAAAACGAAUCCUUGGAUGCUAUAGAGUUCUUACUACAAGCGGAAGUCGAUACCAGAAUAUUGAAUGAGAAAUCACAAGCUCCAAUACAUCUGGCCACUGAAUUGAACAAGGUAUCAGUACUCCAAGUGUUCGCUAAAUACAAGAGCCAGUUUAACGUGAACUUGGGUGGAGAACACGGCCGCACUGCGCUGCACUUCGCUGCCAUACACGAUCACGACGCCUGCGCUAGGAUUCUGAUAUCUGACCUAGGCGCGGAAUGGAAGUUAUCAUGUAAUAAUGGUUACUAUCCUAUACACGAGGCCGCGAAGAAUGCGUCAUCCAGGACCAUGGAGGUAUUUCUUCAGUGGGGUGAAUCUAGAGGAUGCACGAGAGAAGAAAUGAUCUCCCUCUACGACAACGAAGGCAAUGUGCCCCUCCAUUCUGCCGUACACGGUGGGGACAUAAAGGCGGUGGAACUAUGUCUGAGGUCCGGAGCGAAGAUAUCCAAGCAACAACACGAUCUGUCUACGCCUGUGCAUCUUGCUUGUGCCCAAGGAGCUCUGGACAUCGUGAAGUUGAUGUUCGAAAUGCAGCCAAAGGAGAAGCUGGCUUGUCUCACAUCGUGCGACGUGCAGAAGAUGACGCCUAUACACUGCGCCGCCAUGUUCGACCACCCGGACAUUGUGAAUUACCUCGCCGAAGAGGGGUCCGAUAUCAACCCGCUGGACAAGGAGCGCAGGUCGCCGCUGUUGUUGGCUGCUCUUAGGGGCGGCUGGAGAACUGUUCAUACUUUGAUUCGCCUCGGAGCCGACAUUCAGCUGAAGGAUAUAAACUCGCGGAACGUCCUCCACCUCGUCGUUAUAAACGGUGGGCGCCUCGAGGACUUCGCCGCCAGUUGUAAAAACCGAUGUGAAAAAAGCCUGGCGCAACUUCUGAAUGAAAAGGACAGCACGGGCUGUUCCCCGCUCCACUACGCAAGCAGAGAGGGACACAUCAGGUCUUUAGAGAACCUCAUUAAACUCGGAGCUUGUAUCAACCUUAAGAACAACAACAAUGAAAGUCCUCUACAUUUCGCUGCAAGGUACGGCCGCUAUCACACCGCAUGUCAAUUACUGGAUUCUGAUAAGGGAACGUUUAUCAUCAACGAAAGCGACGGCGAAGGGCUGACUCCUCUUCACAUUGCAUCUCGAGAAGGGCACACUAGGGUUGUACAAUUGCUGCUGAAUCGUGGAGCGCUUCUACACAGGGACCACAACGGUCGCAACCCUUUGCAUCUAGCUGCCAUGAGUGGGUAUACCCAAACUAUUGAGCUACUGCAUUCCGUACAUUCUCACCUCUUGGACCAAGCUGAUAAGGAUGGGAAUACACCGUUACAUCUGGCUACGAUGGAGAAUAAGCCUAAUUCUAUAGCUCUGUUAUUGUCUAUGGGGUGUCGGUUAAGCUACAAUAACUUGGACAUGAGUGCUAUCGACUAUGCUAUUUACUACAAGUUCCCGGAAGCAGCCCUUGCUAUGGUGACUCAUGAACAAAGGGCCGAAGAAGUGAUGUAUCUGCGUUCUGACCGCCAUCCCUGUGUCACACUUGCCCUGAUCGCGUACAUGCCACGUGUAUUCGAGGCUGUGCAGGACAAGUGCAUCACCAAGGCCAACUGCAAAAAGGAUUCCAAAAGUUUCUACAUUAAGUACUCAUUCAAAUUCUACCAACGCUCCACCCGAGCUUUGAGACAGGUUAUGAACGACCCAAAGUAUCGGCCAGAACCGUUGCAUGUGAUCAACGCAAUGGUUGCUCACGGUCGAGUUGAGCUUCUAGCUCAUCCAUUAAGCCAAAAGUAUUUGCAGAUGAAAUGGAACUCGUAUGGGAAAUAUUUUCACUUGACUAACCUCCUAUUUUAUAGUUUCUUCUUAACUUUCGUGACUGUUUACACUUAUUUACUUAUGAUGCAAUCGUCCCGUAAACUAACUUCAAAUGGUGACACUACUAGAGGAAACCAAAGUGAUAUUCAUCCAGUGACAGAUUUUGAAACCAUGGUUGCUCUUUACUCGAUCACAGUUGGCAUAUUUUUCUACAACUCUUGCUGCUUGUUUCGAGAGCUGUAUAACAUAAAACAACAGAAGUGGCAUUAUAUUGUCGAUCCAUCUAAUUUUGUCUCCUGGAUGCUGUAUUUCAGUUCGACUUUGAUGGUUCUACCAUCGUUCUUAACACAUUUUACGGCUAUUGUGGAUGUACAGUACUCUGCUGCAGCGAUAACAGUAUUUCUCUCCUGGUUUGAGUUGCUACGUCUACUACAACGGUUCGACCAAGUUGGCAUCUACGUGGUCAUGUUCCUGGAGAUUUUACAAACGCUCAUCAAAGUCCUGAUGGUCUUCUCCAUACUUAUUAUUGCGUUUGGGCUGUCUUUUUUCGUUCUUUUGUCCAAAGGUCAUCACUUAUCUUUUAACAGCAUCCCCAUGUCUUUGAUGCGUACCUUCGCGAUGAUGUUAGGCGAAAUCGACUUCGUGGGAACUUACGUGCAGCCCUAUUAUAAAUCUGAUUCUGACGUUAUGCUACCCUUUCCUUUACCAACGUUUCUCAUGCUCGCGAUAUUUAUGGUCCUCAUGCCGAUUUUGCUGAUGAACUUGCUGAUUGGUUUGGCGGUUGGUGAUAUAGAGAGUGUGAGACGGAACGCACAGUUGAAGCGCUUAGCUAUGCAAGUUGUACUUCACACCGAGCUAGAACGUAAACUCCCAGCAUUUCUCUUGGAACGAGUCGACAAGGAAGAACUUAUUGAAUAUCCGAACAAUAAAAAAUGCAAGCUCGGAUUCCUCGAUCUGAUCCUACGCAAAUGGUUUUGUAACCCCUUCACUGAUGAUGUUGGCUUAGACCUGGUUCUGGAGAGCAGCGAGGAUUUCAUAACUGGCGAGCUUGACAAGCAGAAACGACGUCUUCGUGAAAUGUCGCAAAUGAUAGAACAGCAACACACCCUUGUCAGACUUAUUGUCCAGAAAAUGGAGAUAAAAACCGAAGCUGACGACGUUGACGAGGGUGUAUCUCCGGCUGACACCAGACUUGUUCCUCGCUGGAGUUCUCCUCGCAUUAGGAAGAAGUUGAGAUCAGCGUCAUCCUUCAACAAGAGUGGUUGACUGCCAGUGAUCAAUGAAGUUUCAGUUCCAUAAUACCCGUUUUAUCCAGAACACCUGAUUCAAUAAGUGCAAGCUUAGUCCAAAUUUC